UUUCCCCCUUCUCAUUCACUCUCUGUCUCUCAGUGGCAGCGGCUCAGGGAGGUAGCUUUAUGUGCUUCUGCAUCACAAUCACGACAGGUAAAGAGCUACAUUGUUGGAUAUUGCUAACCCCACAGGGGGUUAGGGAACCUCUGCUGCUGUGGUGGCAAGUCCUCAUCCCUGCGUGGGGCACACAUUUCUAAUAAUCUCCAAUAAAGCAUCCUGGAUGGAAGGACGUAAAGAAGAUCCCAGCAACCAGACCAACAAAUCAUAGGCUGACUUGAAGGAACGCAGGAUUUCUGGGACUGAGAAAAAACAUUACUCAGAAACAGAGAAGAGACAAUCAGUGGGCUCCUGUUUGUGUUUCUGCUUUUUAUAUUUGCUUUCUGCUUUUUAAGUUUCAAUCAUUUUAUCCACUCCCUGCUUUUUAUACUCUUCCUUUCUCAUUUUAUGCAUCUGUGGCGGAAUGUUCUCUACAAAUUCAUGAGAAGAUGCUUUCUGAGUGCUUGCUGCAGUGUUAAGGGACAGUCUACUGAGACAGCAGGGCGCUGAGCGGACAGCUUGGGGAAAUCUGAUCCACAGUCGGCUGGUGAAGGAGCAGGAUCACGCGUCGCAGUCGCAUAUUUAUCCACCCUGUGAUACCGCUGCGUGACAACACCCCUAAUUCUUUUUUCCCCCCUCUGCCUUUCUGCGUCCUCCUCUGAAGUGUGGACUGGAUGCACAAAAUUAAUUGGAUUCUACUGCUUUAUUCCUGCCUCACUGGAAAUCAGAACAUAAACUAUAUUUGGAUCCAAACAGUGAUCAAUCAAAAAUCUUCGAAACAAGAGAGGCUUAUUGAAAAACAGGGUGAAAAGGGAUAAAAUUGAUAUCAGAUAAACCUAGGAUAGUCUUGGACAAACACAUCUUUGCUCUCUCUCUUGAAAGAGACUGAUUUUGGGAGCUGAGGGACGCUGACUUGGCUAAAGCUGUUGGAACAGGUUGCACUGGGAAAGAUCCUUUUUCUUUUUUUGGUCCCUCGCAGGGUGGGGAAGCAACAAGACCCACCCUGCAAGUUUUACUCCCCUCAUUAGACAAUACUGUCCCAUUGUGGACUCUACGUGGUGGGGGCAUACAUGCAUAUUAGGCACAAAUAGCUGUGGAUUUUUGCUGCAGUGGCAUCCAAACGGAUGCCACGGAUUCCUCAUUUGCACAGAUGUAAAGCCGUUUUUUUCUCAUCCAUUUCUUCUUCCUAUCUUUCUCUUUAUCCCUCUUUCUCCCUGUUAGAGGCAUCACUUCUUCUCCUUCUUCCCUACCUGCUGUGAACAGUCCUGAAGUUCAGUUGGACAUUGGGAGUUGGGCAGGACUAAACACGGACUAUUUGGGUGAUUACCUGUCUAUGCCAGCUCUUCCAUUUCUUACUGGGCGUCUCUGAGUGUGAGCGUGUGCUUGUGUGUUUCUGAUUGCGUGUCUGCAUGUAUCUCCUGCACCCCUCCCCUCCUCUUUAUCCUUGGAUUCCAUAUUUGUGAAUGUGUUAUAGACAGCGUGAUUUGUUGGAGUCUAUUUUUAUCCCUUCUUUUUCAUUCUCUCGUCUCUUCUCAAUGUCCGGCAUUGUGUGGAACCUUUCUGCCAUGUGCUACCGAUGCCUAUCACAGGAUUAACCCUCAGUCAGCCAUAAAGGAAGGCAGGGAAGAAUGAGUGAGUGUUCUGGGGCAGCUGUAUCCGGGGCGGUGAUCCUGGAAGAACCUGAGGGUUCAGGGGCUUCAGCAGGCCAUGGCGAGGGCCAGGCCCAGGAUCAAGGUCCCCUUCGCUGUGCAGUCUGGCCUCGCCAGCAGACAUGGCUAUGCGUGGUCCCCUUACUUAUUGGUUUCAUUGGCCUUGGAUUGAGCCUGAUGUUGCUGAAAUGGAUUGUUGUUGGUACAGUGCGGGAUUAUGUGCCAACAGAUCUGGUGGAUGCUAAUCGAAUAGGCCAGGAUCCUAUCUUCCUCUCCAAGCCAAGUGGGAUUCCCAAAAGUCCCGAUACUACCACCACUACAUCUACUCCUACAGUUGAUGCUGGGAAUCCCACACUUAGAACAGCAACUGCUGCAAAAGGUAGAACACGUUCCACUGCUACCAUGACUACAAUAAACCCUAGAGGGGGUGGAGCCUCAGGUAGCCAAGUGACCCCUCGCAAUCCUGUAAAUCGUAAUGGACGUGGACCUUCUGGUUUUACUACGACCACUGCAGCGCCAAGGACAACCUACAUAAUUGGAGAAGCAACAUCUAGCCCCUCUCCGUCCAAUCCAACAGUACUUCAUGACUCUACACAGAUGUGGACCCAGGAGCACACUACUACAGGGACGGUCUCCACCACACUCACAACUCGUGCACACAGCCACCACAAAACACCAUCUCCAACUGUCCCUCCAUUACACUCUGAACACUUCAAGCCAUGUCAUGAGAAGGAUCUGGCCUACUGUCUGAAUGGUGGUGAAUGCUUUGUCAUCGAGACGCUCAGUGGGCCUCACAAGCACUGCAAGUGUCGAGAAGGCUACCAGGGAAUCCGCUGUGACCAGUUUCUGCCCAAGACAGACUCCAUCCUGUCUGACCCAAUUGAUACCUUGGGCAUCGAGUUUAUGGAGAGCAAAGAGGUGUACAAGAGACAGGUGCUGUCAAUCACCUCCAUCGCCCUGGUGAUCAGCCUCCUGGGAACCCUGUGCAUGGCCCUCUACUGCCGCAACAAGAGGCGCAGAGAGAAGUUUCAGGUGCAGCUGAAGGAGAGUCGCAGUUUGAAAAACUACACUGCUAAUUCCAGUAAUGUCCUGGAUGCCAAGGUGAGGCCCCCGAACACCAGCCUGCAAAUGCAUGAGUACUGCAAACGGUUCUCCCAGUCUCACCAGGGAAAUGUUUGUGAGUCAAGCUUUGCACACUGCAGCAUCACCAACACGCCAUCCAACAGCUCGAGAAGCACAGCAAAACAUUACAGAAGUGGGUCUUUGUCUCACAGUCCCAACCAGAUAACCCGGGUAGCCCAUUGGUCAGGUCCACGCAGGACUCCACCCAUACCCAGAGGAAGGCUAAAUCCAAUUGGAGGAUCUAAAUACUCAGGCCCAGCCUACCAACACCUUCAGGAAAUGGAUUCAAACGAGAAGGAGCCUGAAGCACAAAGAGGCUGUCGGAUGCAGGGAGAGAACCAAUGCGAUGACCCCAGACGAGACGCUUUCCUACAUAUGCAAACUCCUGUUUCCAUGGAGACAAUAUUGCCUUCACCUUGGAGCGGCCAUGUGGAGUUGGUGGCUGGAUGAACAGGCAGAAGGACAAAGGACGAGCCGAGGGCUUUGGGCACCACAGGAGCUCGUAUGACAUUUUUUACUUUAUUUUGUUUUCCAUUUUUGGUUAUUAAUGAACAAUGCUGCUUUCUGGGGCUGAUGGAAGGGAGAACAACAUAGUUUGGGUGUUGAAACAAGAAAUAAAUGUCUCUAUGUUGUAUCCUAUGAAUUGAAAGCUUUUGAAUUUCUGUAUGAAGUUACAGCCAAAUGUUCCCAGUGACAAAAAGUUUUUAAAAAACGGUUGUAAUUCUGGUAAAGGUUUUUCUAAAUAACAGUUGUUCUGAUUGAUUGCUUGGAAGAUAUUCUCACUCCUGACAGCACCCUGUCCAAACAUGCAUGCUGGAUAACAUCAGUCUUGUUUCUACCGAUAUACUGUACUUAUCCUUUUGGCCUUUUCACACACAAUCUGGUCUGCACCAGCUUGAAGAAAACCUGGGAUCACAAAGUACUUUAUCUUACAAAGAGUAGAUGUAGUUGGUAGUUCCCUGUUUUCACCACGCUGCCUAGAUUACAGAAACUCUGUUUUAAAACCUACUGCACAUACAUGUGUGGAAACACAGAGGUAUCCACUUGUCAGAAUUUCAAAAACACAUUUAAAUCCACAUAGCUUUGUUUCUAAUGAUGGUCUAUAUGAGUUAUAAAACAGGUUUUAAUUUCUGUAGCAUCUCUUUUAUUCCAGCAUCCUUUUUGUGAACACAGGUGACCAUUUCCACGUAUUUACUAACAUCAUUUUGGAAAAUUAAAAAAGCUGGCCUUGCUACAAAGGAAUUUUACCAAUAUGACUUGUUAAUGGUGGUUUUAAUAAUAGUGGAUGCCAAUUGGAGGAACCCUUGGACAAGCAAUUUAUUGUUCAGGCAGAAAAAUGCAAAUGCCCUUGCAACUGAAUUGGGGACUAAUAUCAAAACCUUUUUAUUCAAAUUGAUUCAAUUUAAGGAUGCCUUCUGGGGGAAAAACAGGCCGACCUAACUAAGUGUAGAAGCUACCAAAAUCACUGAUAAAAGGGUUGGGGUCCGAGCUACCCCUGAGUAUUUUAUGGUUUUGAUUCUUGAAACACUCUGAGCAGCCCUCCUACUAGGACUUGUGAGUGUUCCCCCUGCCAACAAGUUACUAUCUUGUGGAGGCCACAUGGUCAAUACGAGUUCCCAGUAACUGAGAAUUCACAGUCUCUCAGCCUUCACUCAUCUAAUCUCUCACAAUGGCUGAUCCUCGUGAACAUUCAUCGCUCACCUCUGCCAUCGUUCUUUUAUAAUCACCUGAAUGGCAAGGUUAAAUCUUACUGACAAACACACACUAAAUCGCCACAGAGCUUUCUUUUCUUCCUCCUGUUAUUUUCUUACUUCUUCGAAGGCUUGGUUUGCCAUACUGCCGUUAAACCCUGAAAAAAACUAUUUUCUUUUUGAAAUUUUUGAACCUCAACACUUUUGAUUCUUUGAUACUGAUGUCCGUAAAAUCCAUAAUGUUCUCGCCAGUGUGAUCACUGGUGACCUAUGGAGGUUGAUGUGUGUCUAUGCACAGGCACAGUGCAAAAAAAUGUGAAUUUCUUUGUUUGACCAGCUGUAAUCAGUGUAUGAGCUUUUAACAGAUAAAAGUC